AGAUUUUUUUUAAUAACUAUUUUCAUCAGGGGUUGAGAUCCAAAUUAUACAGUAGUUAAAAAUGUCCUAAGUAAUGCCUCCAAUUUGUUAGAAAUCUAUAAAUUAAUAAAUGGAAAAGACAAAAAAGUAAUACUUGAAUUAAAUAUCAUAAAAGAAAACGUAAUUCCAAACAUACAUGUGUACAUGAAAGAAUGGAACAUAGAACUGUUAUUUUUUGUCAUCCGAUCGACAUGGACACACGACAGACACGUUAGAUGAAUGUAUAUAAUUGUGAAACCAUUCAGAGUCUUGAGAGACCAAACCAAAAUCUCCUUUUAGUCUCGACAUGGCUUGCCAAAAGGCUCAUUUUGAGAAUCAAAUUCUCGAAUUGUAUAACAAAAUCUCCAAUCUCAAGAGCCUUAAACCUUCCAAAAACGUCGACACUUUGUUCCAACAGCUCAUGACCACGUGCUUACCCACGGAAACAAAUAUCGACGUCAAAAAGUUGUGUCCAAAAGUCCAAGACAUCAGAACCAAUCUCAUCAAGCUACGUAGUGAAGCUAUAGGGUAUUCGGAGCAACACUUCUCCACGGUCUUGGGAUCUCUCAAAGACAACCCACUUACCCAUUUAGAUCUCUACCCUUACUACACUAACUACCUCAAACUGAGCAAGGUCGAGUUCGAUCUCCUCAUGCUACACACGAGCCAUGUCCCAACCAAGAUCGCCUUCGUGGGCUCUGGUUCGUUGCCUUUCACAUCCAUCAUCUUAGCUAAGUUCCACCUCCCAAACACGACGUUCCACAACUUUGACAUCGACCCUCAAGCCAAUUCCCUCGCCUCCCAGCUUGUCUCACGCGAUCCUGAUCUUUCUUGUCGCAUAAUCUUCCACACAAUGGAUAUAAUCAACGCCACAGAGAUUCUACGUGACUACGAGGUUGUUUUCUUGGCGUCUCUUGUUGGGGUUGAUAAAGAAGCGAAAGUCAAAGUCAUUGAACACUUGGAGAAACACAUGGCUCCUGGUGCUCUUCUCAUGCUUAGGAGUGCUAAAGGCCUUAGAGCGUUCCUGUAUAUAGACGUUGAUCCUUGUGAUCUAAGAAGUUUCGAGGUCUUAGAGACUUAUCACCCGUCGUUGUCAGAUGGGUUUGUGAACUCGGUGAUGGUCGCACGCAAACUCAGUGAUUGAUUUAUUACGAACGGUGUAUAUUGGAACAUGAUCGGUGCUAAACUUUUUUAUUUAUUAUAAAUGUUUGUUAAUAAAGUAUACGUAACCACGUAUCUUUUUCUAAACACCUUUAGUGUGAAUGUUUGUUAGAGUGGUUUGUAUCUUAAUUUUUUUAUAUGUUUGUUAGAGUGGUUUGUAUAUCUUAAUUUUUUUGAUAUGUUUGAAAUAUAUUGAGAGGAUACGUAGUAGUGUUUCUACAAACUAUGCAUACUCAAUUUUGUGAUAUUUUGCAAAGCCCCAUGAAUUUGAGGA